UGAUGGUGUCCACUUCAUUGCAUCCCACUAGCAUCAAAAUUUCUAGCAUUUGCUUGCAAUUUGUCCCAUCUCAAUUCCUCAUUGAUAUUCCUCUCCAAUGGCUACCAUCAUUUUAAAGUCUAAUGAAGUAGUCCAUGCCUUGGUCUUGUUCAGUAUCUUGCUGUUGUUGGUGCACAAGGGUGAUGCCUAUGAUUUUGUUGUUGGAGGCCAAAAGGGUUGGAGUGUCCCAAGUGACCCCAAUUCCAACCCUUACAAUCAAUGGGCACAAAAGAGCCGAUUUCAAAUUGGAGACUCUCUAGUGUUCAACUACCCUUCUGGCCAAGACUCAGUGAUUCAAGUCAGUAGCCAAGACUAUGCCAACUGCAACACUGAUGCAUAUUCUCAAAAAUUCUCUGAUGGCCACACAAUCAUCAAGCUCAACCGAUCAGGGCCUCACUUCUUCAUCAGUGGAAACAAAAACAACUGUCUCAAGAAUGAGAAGCUGGUGGUAAUUGUACUGGCAGACAGGAACAACAGAAACACAAACACUGCUUCUCCAUCUCCUUCUCCUUCUCCUUCAGUUACAACAAAGUCACUGGCUCCUUCACCAGCACCUUCUCAGAAAGAGGUUCAAUCUCCAGUGGCAGCACCUGCUCAGCAAGAGGCUCCUUCUCCACCAUCUCCAGUCACAAACACAACUCCAGCUCCAGCACCCGCUAGUGAUCAAACUCCUGCUUCUCCUCAUAAAUCUAAUGCUGCUUCUUCAAUCUUUGUCAGCUUUGCUGGCUCUGUUGGAGCAUUCUUGGUCACAGUUCUGGUUGCUUCUUUCUAAGUGGAGUCUAUGUUAUAUGAUAUGAGUGUAAUUUUUAGUUUUGCUUUUGUUUCUCACAGAUUAUUUUUUAUUUUUCAUGGAUUCUUAUACUUAGAGUUCAUUAUUAGUGAACUGGCCUAGCUUUGGUCCAAAGUUGGGAUGCUAUUUGAUAUUUGUUUGUGAAAAAAUGAGGAAAUAUGUACCCAUUUGUGUGCUUCUUACUUGAUGAUUGUAAGAAUAUUCUAUACACUUGAGAUAAAUAAAACCAUUUUUAUCAGUAA